AUGGACUCCCAAGGGCCACAAGCGGUGGACCUUCCCCAGGAGUUACUCCUGGAUGUUUUCUCGUACCUUGGUAUUGGGGAUACCUGCCAGUUGUACCUCAACCUUCGAGUGAACCAGCUUCUCCUCGAAAAGCGUUCCCAUGGUGACGAGGUACCUACAGACGUGGAGCAUCAAUUGCGUUCUGUGAGCAGGCUCAUGGGUUCGAUUGCUGAGUACCUUCAAACGCAACGUAUUAAGGUCUCGAUCGAGAAGGUUACCAAGGGCGAUAACACCAAAAUCAGUACCAAGCAAUACGCAGGGCUUCCACCGUGCAAUAUCGAGGUGAAAACCCCACUCUCCGAACUCGACCUCACCAAAGAUUAUCUCCAAAACGUGGAAUACACGCUGUUGGCGUUGCACGUCAUGCACAUGUUCUACGAUGAGUCCGUGCCCACCGACCUCGGAGGUCUCAAGGGGAACGUCACCGAGAUGAAAAUCGAGGGAAACAUGUUGAUCGACCCCAAGGAUAUCCCGCUAACCGUCACCAGACUCGAAUUGAAUUGCUCUGUUAAGCUGCCCCAAAACUUUGACCAUUUGACUAAUUUGACUUACGUGAGAUAUUGGCCUGUUCCUGACCAACUCACGUUGCCACAGCUGGUGACGACUAUACUAAUGCCUAGUGAUUCCGAACUGCCUCCAUACGAUGCAUCCGUGCUCACCAAUCUUAAGCGGGUUAAGGGUGGCAGUUUCGUUAAUCCGCGCUGGUCACAACUCGAGAUAAUCAAGUGCCCUCUUCCCAGUGACUGUCACCAUCUCAACCUGUUGAAGGAGAUUGAAAUUGUUGAUGAUUACAAAAGUUUCAAAGACAUUGAGUGUCCCCAGCUCACGAAAGUCAUCAAGAGCGAUUGUCCCACAAAAAAUUGUAACAUUACUGAUGUGUUCACGGAAGAACAACUAGGUAACUUGCUGUUUAUCAAAGGCUACAUUGUCCCUCUCGAUAGCUUACACUUACUCAGUCAGGUGACGGUAUUGCACACGAAGGUGGACGUCACUAUUGAUGAGCUCUUUCCGUUGCCGCCACGCGUGGUUGACUUUGCAGUCAUCCUGAGUCAAUCUGUCGUUGGCAUUCCCAGUCAGCUCAAGCUGUUCAAAUAUACAUAUUCUGGCGUGUCUGAAGAUGAAGCCUCCGCUGACGUGCAAAUUGUGUCGACGCUGGUUAGCAAGGUAGACGUCACCCACGUCAGAAAUUUGAUCAUCGAUUGUCCUAGGUUGACUGACUUGAAGUUGCUCAAAGUUGACCUGGUUGUCAGACUUGACGCUCCCAAUUUGGUGAAAUUGUUCAUGGGUCUUGUGGACGUGCCUGUCGAGACGUUUCCUCGGCUUGGAUAUCUUGAUAUUUUGGGGGUGCCUGAAUGUGAACCGGUCAAAGAUGUAAUUGUUGGCCAUCAUCUUAAAUUCGUGAGAGUGUUGGGCAAAACUUUGGGCAAGGUGGAUAUCUCAGCGGAUUGUGCUUUAAUUCAGAGUUGUCGAUUCCUGGACGAGACGCCUCGUAUCUCCUCAAGGAUCCUCUUGAUCAAUGACAUUUUAUACGAUGCUGAUGGCGAGUCCAUAAAGAUUCCCAACCACAUGGAGGUCCUUAUGUCGGGGCAAUGGUGGAAAGGGAACCUCUACAAAGAUUACUGUCCUGAUUUUGAGAUUGAUCAUGAAGGAGAAAAUUUUUAG